AUGAACAUCUGUUGGUUUAUUACUGUCUUGUUACUGCUGCAUUCCUGCACUCCAGGUGACUGUAUUGUUGGGGGUCAAGUGUCCGUUCCACACAGUCGGCCUUACAUGGUCUACAUUCAAGACUCAACAAGGAAAAUGGUGUGUGCCGGUUUUUUGGUAAGAGAAGAUUUUGUGAUGACAGCCGCCAACUGCAAAAAAAGUACUCUCAAGGUGUAUUUGGGCGUCAGUGACACAACUUUGUUACCCACUGGUAUAGAGGUCAAUUCGUUUCCACAUCCAGGUUUCGAGAACAAGCCCGGGAAUGACAUCAUGCUACUGGAGCUUAAAACUCCAGCAACUUUGAACAAGACAGUGACUAUCAUUGACCUGCCAAAUCCUUGGAAUGACAAAAUGUUCAAGGACUGUUUGGUUAUGGGAUGGGGCUCGAUGAUACAUAAACAUUAUUCUCCAUCGACAGUCCUGAGAGAAUUAAGCGUGACUCUGAAAAACCUCACACAUUGUUUUGAACCUGACGUCAUAUGCAACGAAGACCCAUUCGGCCCAGCACAGGGAGACUCUGGAGGUCCUCUUGUCUGUAAAGAUAUCGUAAUGGGUAUUGUGUCUUUUAACCUGGAGAAGACCGAAGGCUACCUUACAGGAUACACACGUAUUUCUCAGCACCUUCUAUGGAUUAAUGAAAUCAUGAAGAAAAAAAACAUACCUUAUUGGAUAGUACCCCGUAAGGCAAAGCUAGAUAUAGUCAAAACAUUUUGUAUUCGAGCCGGAGUCCAUAUCAAUGGAAAGACCUACCUCAGAGUCGACAGAGAAAACUGGUACAAAGGAGUCCAUAUCAACGGAAAGACCUACCUCAGAGUCGACAGAGAAAACUGGUACAAAGAUGAUUGUGCUAAAAGGCUGGAUGUCCGAUUUCUCAUAGCCAUUGUUGAUGUUCAAAUCAUCAGCACAGACAAGAUCCUACCACCAUCUUUCGCUUUAUUCAGCGCUCGGCUCAACUAA